AUGUUGAGGUGCAAACCGGCAUUAAUCCCCACAAAAUUACUUGUGGCGGUCACCUUGGCGACCAUAUUCAUUGUGGCACGGCCAACCAUCCAGCGGACGGUUUCUCUUCGAAACAAUUUAAGCGACAAAAUACUGAUAGUGCAUUGUCAAUCCGGCUACACUAAUUUUCGUGCUCGAACUGUCGACGUUGAAUCCAACAUCUCGUGGAUUAAUUCGGACGACAUUACUGCGAUGUUUUUACAGUGUCGUCUCGCGGUGGAAUAUAAGCGUCUUACAUUCGACGCAGACAUUGGAGGUCAUGAUCAUAUGGAGUGGUCUAUCCGGGAUGACGGGGUCUAUCUGGUGACCGGGGAUGGUAACGUAGAAUCUGCACCGCGAGAAAAGUGGGAAUUGAUCGACCGGCGGUGGUGGUAA